ACCACACGUGGAUUCCGAGGUCAUCGCAGAAUUCUACACUUAAAAGUGAAAAAUGAGUUUUAUGAAGGAUGCACAAAAGAUGAUGCCAGGCGGCAAGGGUCUGAAAGCAGGAGUAGGACUUAUAGCAAUAGCUGGAGGUGCAAUUUACGGUCUUACUCACUCGUUUUACACAGUUGAUGGUGGUCACAGAUCUAUCAUAUUCAGUCGUAUUAGUGGAGUUCAGCAAAAUGUCUAUCCAGAAGGACUUCAUUUCAGAAUACCAUGGUUUCAGUAUCCCAUUAUUUACGACAUUAGAGCUAGACCAAGGAAGCUCUCAUCACCAACUGGCAGUAAAGAUUUGCAGAUGGUGAACAUUUCCCUGCGAGUUUUGUCUCGCCCAGACCAAAACUUUUUACCACAGAUCUACCGUCAGCUAGGACAGGACUAUGAUGAACGUGUGCUGCCCUCUAUAUGUAAUGAGGUGCUGAAGUCUGUGGUAGCCAAGUUUAAUGCCUCACAGCUCAUCACACAACGUCAACAGGUCAGUAUGCUGAUACGACAAGAGCUGCUUGACCGUGCCCGUGACUUCCAUCUCAUUCUUGAUGAUGUGUCCAUCACAGAGCUCAGCUUUGGCAAGGAAUAUACUGCAGCUGUUGAAGCAAAACAGGUAGCACAACAAGAAGCACAGAGGGCACAGUUUAUUGUGGAGAAAGCAAAACAGGAAAAACAACAGAAGAUUGUCCAGGCGACCGGAGAAGCUGAAGCAGCCAAACUUAUUGGAGAAUCCAUAUCCACGAACCCUGGUUACUUGAAACUGAGAAAGAUCCGUGCUGCCCAAAGUAUUGCCAGAACAGUCUCUGCUUCACAAAACAGAGUAUACUUGAAUGCUGGAAACCUUAUGUUGAACUUGAGUGAUAAGGACUUUGAUUCAGAGUUCAAGAACUUCAAAAAGUCAUAGAAGUAUGGACAAACGUGCUGGCAUGUAAUCUGCUUCAUCGUACAAAUUCCAGUACAGAAUGGCAGAACAAGAAAAGCACUAUCAACCAUUUUCCAAAUUAAUUGUGUGUUAUAGAUAUGGAUGUUAUUGUGUGAAAGGAUGGCUAUACCGCAGACCGAAAAUAAAUCAAAGAGGAUCAUGACAUAAAUAUACAACUUUAUAAUGUAGUACUGGAUUAGUGGACAUUGUGAUUUGAUGUAAUUUUAAGUAUAACUACUGUAUGAUAUAUCUACUCAGUAAGUGUAUUUCUCAAAUGAAUUGCUCUUUGUGAACAGACUUGCCUCUUUUCCAUGGAACACCAUGUUACAAAAUGUUGCAUAUGUAUAAAUUUAUCAAGAGAGGAAUCACAAAUAGAUUAAUCAAAAUAUUUACAAAAUGUCAACAAAUAUAUCGAAGUGUGGAAGUUAAGCCCAAACACAACAGAACAAGGAUAAGUCAUUAUCGGUUUUUGCAAAUAAGUUCGUCACAGUGACAGCUUUUGAUGCUUUUGAGUUCAUCAUUGGUAUCCCAAUGAAUAUUACAUCAGCUUGCCAGAUGUCACCGAGACUGGUUUAAAACUUGAUGUAUUUUACAAGUCAAGGUCAUCAAAAUCAUAACUGUUGUUGUAGAUUCUGUGAUUGGUGAAUAAAAGAUAAACAUUUAUUAAA